CCCGAGAGACCGCAUCAUGGAUGUCGAGCUCUCUUAUUUCGCUUUGCUCGCCUUGGAAUUCGAGACCCCAGACGAGGACCAGGAUUCAUGAACCGGUCGCAGGGGCCCGGGCAGGGGCCUCUGGCUCCCGACGCUGGCCGAGAGGUGAUGAGUGAGGUCGGAAGAUCGCAAGAUUUAAAAAGCAUCUGGAGUCUCCGUAUUGAAAGACCCAGUGCAAAGGCAUCACCAUGAACACGAGCAUUCCUUAUCAGCAGAAUCCUUACAAUCCCCGGGGCAGCUCCAAUGUCAUCCAGUGCUAUCGAUGUGGAGACACCUGCAAAGGGGAGGUGGUUCGCGUCCACAAUAACCAUUUCCACAUCAGAUGCUUCACCUGUCAAGUGUGUGGCUGUGGCCUGGCUCAGUCAGGCUUCUUCUUCAAGAACCAGGAGUACAUCUGCACCCAGGACUACCAGCAACUCUACGGCACCCGCUGUGACAGCUGCCGGGACUUUAUCACGGGCGAGGUCAUCUCUGCGCUGGGCCGCACCUACCACCCCAAGUGCUUCGUGUGCAGCUUGUGCAGGAAGCCUUUCCCCAUUGGAGACAAGGUGACCUUCAGCGGGAAGGAAUGUUUGUGUCAGACAUGCUCCCAAUCCAUGACGAGCAGUAAGCCCAUCAAGAUCCGUGGACCAAGCCACUGCGCUGGGUGCAAGGAGGAGAUCAAGCACGGCCAGUCACUCCUGGCUCUGGACAAGCAGUGGCACGUCAGCUGCUUCAAAUGCCAGACCUGCAGCAUCAUCCUCACCGGGGAGUACAUCAGCAAGGAUGGCGUUCCAUACUGUGAGUCUGACUACCACUCCCAGUUUGGCAUUAAGUGUGAGACUUGUGACCGAUACAUCAGCGGCAGGGUCUUGGAGGCAGGAGGGAAGCACUACCACCCAACCUGUGCCAGAUGUGUACGCUGCCACCAGAUGUUCACCGAAGGAGAGGAGAUGUACCUCACAGGCUCUGAGGUUUGGCACCCCAUCUGCAAACAGGCAGCCCGGGCAGAGAAGAAGUUAAAGCAUAGGCGGACGUCUGAAACUUCCAUCUCACCCCCUGGAUCUAGCAUCGGGUCACCCAACCGAGUCAUCUGCGCUAAAGUGGAUAAUGAGAUCCUUAAUUACAAAGACCUGGCAGCUCUCCCCAAGGUUAAGUCCAUCUACGAGGUACAACGCCCCGACCUCAUUUCCUACGAGCCUCAUUCCAGAUACACGUCCGACGAGAUGCUGGAGAGGUGUGGCUAUGGAGAGGACAUCUAUGAGAACCUGGACCUCCGGCAGAGACGGGCCUCCAGCCCGGGAUACAUCGACUCCCCCACCUACGGCCGGCAGGGCAUGUCCCCCACCUUCUCCCGCUCACCUCAUCACUAUUACCGCUCCGCUGGAGAAAGUAACAUCUACCGGAAACCCCCGAUCUACAAACGGCAUGGUGAUUUGUCGACAGCAACCAAGAGCAAAACAAGUGAAGACAUCAGCCAGGCCUCCAAGUACAGUCCAGCCUACUCGCCAGACCCCUACUAUGCUGCGGAGUCUGAGUACUGGACCUACCACGGGUCCCCCAAAGUGCCCCGAGCCAGAAGGUUCUCGUCUGGAGGAGAGGAGGACGAUUUUGACCGCAGCAUGCACAAGCUCCAGAGUGGAAUUGGCCGACUAAUUCUGAAGGAAGAGAUGAAGGCCCGGUCCAGUUCCUACGCGGAUCCCUGGACCCCACCCCGGAGCUCCACCAGCAGCCGAGAGGCCCUGCACACAGCUGGCUAUGAUAUGUCCCUAAAUGGCUCCCCUCGGUCCCACUACCUGGCUGACAGCGACCCCCUCAUCUCCAAAUCUGCCUCCCUGCCUGCCUACAGAAGAAACGGGCUGCACAGGACACCCAGCGCAGACCUAUUCCAUUACGACAGCAUGAACGCUGUCAACUGGGGCAUGCGAGAGUACAAGAUCUACCCUUAUGAACUGCUCCUGGUGACCACAAGAGGGAGAAACCGACUGCCCAAGGAUGUGGAUCGGACGCGUUUAGAGCGCCACCUGUCCCAGGAAGAGUUCUACCAAGUCUUCGGCAUGACCAUCUCCGAGUUUGACCGGCUGGCCCUCUGGAAGAGGAAUGAACUGAAGAAGCAAGCCCGGCUGUUCUAGGCAGAAGCUCUAUAAAUAUAUAUGCAUUUAUAUAAAGAUAUAUGUAAAAUCUCUAUACUGAAGCUCGGUAUAAUCCUCUCUUGUGUAAUGGGACACACUGCCUGCCAUGAGACUUGCUUUUCUGUAUCGUCAGGCAAGCCCAUAUCUUCAAGAUAUUUUUAUGCUCCUUCCUUUCUCGUUUCUAAGUGCAAUGGGAUUUGGGAGGGGAUUCGUGGGGACUCCCAUCCUUUUACUGGGAAGCCUUUUUAUACUGAAACAUCUCUCCUGACUUGAGUCCCCUAAGGUCCAACUCUCUUUGCUAAAGGAGGUGCCUGAAGGAGUCUCUCUUCUCUCUGCUUCUCGGCUCUUUUCCCCAGUCUCCAGGGAGGAUGCUGCAGUUUUCACACCUUAUUGGCCCCAGAGGGGCCCUCUCAUGGGAGGAUCCACAGCAUUCUCCCCAAGUCACUGAGCACCUUUGAGAGCCCUGAAGAAUUUUCUCAUCACCCCCACUAGGACCUCAAUGCUGUCUGGGGGUGAUGCAGCUAGAAAUGUGGGUUUCAUGUCUACUCGUUACAGAAGUAAACAAGUGGAUAGGGCCUUGGCCUCUCCUCUCCUCUUCAAUCCUCCUUCUAUCCUUGAUCCUCACCUCUCUCUAGUCCAAAUCUACGCCUCAUGGUAGGAAAAGAAAAAGCACUUCCCUUCCCUGCACUAUUACUUCCAAUGGCCCCCUGCCUGGCCCCUAUGUGGAGAACCAGAGGGAGGGAGCAGGAGCUGGAAGCAGGAGACAGAGCAGGGCACCCGUUAGCACUGGAGCUGCAGGACCUCUUGGGACCCUCCCUCAUUGCUCCCAGAACCUCCUGACCCUUCCCCCUUUGGAGGAGAGGCCCAUUAUUGCAGCCUGUAUUUUUCAGCCUUACUACAAUCUAUGUGCCUGACAACUCACCACAGGGCUAAUGUUCCCACCACAGCUCCAACCGAACAACUAGACAGACAACCUCUAACACCCCCGCCAAAGGUAAUAUAGGCCAUGUCCUAUAGAAAGUUUCCUGGCCUAUGUCUUCUGGUCCCUGGGCUGGCAGAGCAACCCAACCAGACCCCCACCAGUCCUCAGCUUGCAUUGCAAAGUUGGCCAUGGUUCAUGGGGGAAACUUUUGAAGAAUGACUACUUAUGAGAUUCCAAAAUGGAGCAUUGGCCAACACCACUCAUGGUCAUACUGAUUUCCCCAGUGGCUGCCUUUCCUGCCUCCUUGGCUUCUGGAACAGGGGUGAAAGCUUAACCUUCUCCCCACCCCAAACCUGCAACCACGAGUUGGUGAUGUCUGGUGGGGUCUGUUCCUUCCUGGAGAUGGCUGGAGUCAGACCACUGAGGUCGUGGAGGAAGGAUGAAGAAGUGGAGGUGACAGUUAUCACUCUCAAGAGGUUAUGUGUGGUGGCAAAUGUAGAACUGACUUCAACUCAACAAACCCUCACUGAGCACCUGCUGUAUACUGAGCACCUGCUGUAUACUGAGCACUAAAUGGGGGAGGGAGACGGAAAUACUGGUAUGAGCAACAUGGGGCCCGACCUCAGCGGCAUGCCUACUAACAAUGGGUACCGUAAGGCAGGUACUCAAACAUGAUGGAUGUGAGGCAGAAAGUGAUAGGAGACAGCAUGAGAAAAUGUCACAUUACUAAGAAGGCAUAUGCAGCUGGUGCAGACCAAGGAAAGCUUUCUGGAAGAGACUGCAUUUGAGCGAAGUUCAGGAAGGAUCUUUGUAAACUGGGAGGAGACUGUAACUUGAAAGGGUGAUAGGAUGAGGGGCCAUAAGGGAGGUCUAAUAUGCUCUCACUUAAAAUGUCAGCCCUCUCUGCGUCUUUUCUUUUUGGCCAAUGUCUUUCAACUGUCCUGACCCCUUUGGAAAUGUCCCCAGCCAGACACAAUCAUUGAAACUGCCUCAUUAUCACUGGUUGAGAACUUGGCGAGGUUGAAGGGCUUUUGUUAUUGUUGGAUAUUUUUUUCCCAUAAAUGCACAUAAUUUCAACCCAGA